AUGGCAUCUCCCCGACCAGCUCAAGCCGCUGGCUCAACUCAACCUCUAACACCCCCCGACGACCCAUCCACCGCCAACCCAACCUCGUCCUCACAGAACGCCGCACCCAACCAAACCGAUUCCAGCAUCCCCUCAUUUCCCUCAACAUCUCUAAACGACAACGGAAAGUAUCGACGUCCCCGCGAUGCGCGCCUCAUACACAUGCUUCUCGCCUCCCUCGGCGUAACCGCAUACCAAGAACGUGUACCUCUGCAACUCCUCGACUUCGCAUACCGCUACACAUCAUCUACUCUCCAAGACGCCGUCCACCUCGCCAUGGAAGGCUACGCAGGUGUCCCCACGGGCCCCGGCGAAACGAGUGUAUCAACCGGUAGCGGACGAGGCGUCGUUGAACUGAAUACCAUCACACUCCAAGCUCUACGACUGAGUAUAGCGUCUCGAUUACAUUACCAAUUCCAGCCUGGUCUCCCAAAGGAGUUUCUCAUAGAUGUCGCCACCGAGCGGAAUCGAAUUGCGCUCCCCGGUGUUGCGCGUGGCGGAGAAACGGCUGCCAAAAGUUCAUUCUCGAAUGUGUCCAUGGGCGGAAUGAGACUACCGCCCGAACGGUUUUGUCAAACGGGUACGGGCUGGAAUCUGAAAGAGGAGUGGGAGAGUGAAGGUGAAGAAGACUUUGAAGAAUUGGAGCCAGCGACGGCGGUACCGGGAACGAAGACCCAGAAUGAGCAAGAUGCAGAGGCGGAUGAAGAUGGUAUGGAAGAUGAUGACGAGGAUGGAAGGAUGGAGGACAUUUUUGGGGACGAUGUGAAUAUGAAAGAGGGUGAUGAGGAUGAGAAUAUGGAGGACGCUUGA